GGACAGGGGACGAUGGAAAAUGACUACAGGGAGGCUCUCAUCUUUGGCUGGAAUUAGAUAUUAUCACUAUGAACUGUGUGCUAUUUUUUUAAAAGCCAUUUCUUCGUCUGUUUUAAGUGUCAACCGAACAGCUCCAGAGGAAACCUGUUGACACUGGAGAGUCUGAAGGCUUUUUUUACCACGGUUGUAUUUGUGUCGGGAACAGUGCCAGAGACACACUGAUAACCGUUAGUUUUUUCCGCAGCCAGGAUGCCGCGGGACAACAAAACUCCUCUGAUUCAGAAAAUAGCGAAGCAGGCCUACAUCACCUUUAAAGGCCUCAAGUCUUCGGCCAACGGGGAUAAUAAACUGGCUGCGGACCAACAGAGUGAACUCAUCUCCUUAGUGACCGCGGUCAGGGCUGCCGACCUCAAAAUUGCACCCCGGAAAAGCAAAGCGAGCUCCGCAGCAGCAGGGCUCCAGAGUCCCCCGGUCACCUACAUGCACAUCUGCGAGACGGAGGUGUUCAGCAUGGGGGUGUUCCUCCUGAGGACCGGUGCCUCCAUACCACUGCACGACCACCCGAACAUGAACGGGAUGCUGAAGGUUCUCUAUGGGAAGGUGAGUGUACGCUGCUUUGACAAACUGGAGGACAACUUGACUGUCAAUGCCGUCCCGCCUCAUUUUGAUCCCCCACUGACCUCGCUCCAGACGACCUCCCUUUGGCGCUCCAUUCUCCGCUCAGUUGCAGAGUACUCAGAGAACAGUGGGCCAUGCCUCCUCACUCCUCUGAGGGAUAACCUCCACCAGAUCGACGCAGUGGAGGGGCCAGCUGCUUUCCUGGAUAUCCUGGCACCGCCAUACAAUCCAGAUGACGGGCGGGACUGUCACUAUUACAGAGUUCUUCAAACUGUGGCAGAGAGGCAAACAGAUGGAAGGAGCAAUGAGGAGCAGCAGGAAGAGGAAAAGGAGAAAGAAGAGGAGACAUGGCUACUAGAAAUCCCUCAGCCAGAGGACUUCUGGUGUGGUGGGGAACCCUACCCAGGCCCUGCAGUCUCUAUCUGAAUGAAAACUCUGAGCACUGCAGUAAACACCAGUGAUAAUAUUCUGAUAUCCAUCCAUCCAAAAUGGUAAACUUUGUGUUGUCCCCUUCCACAGGAAGGUCAAACAUGAGGGUCAUUAUUACCUGCAACUCAAAAGAGAUUGAGUGCCUUUCUCAAGGAUGCUGCAGCAAGGCAGAAGCUUGCAGAAAGAGGAACUUGAACUCUGACACUACAUCACAAUAAGGACCACUGAUCUUCCUUCCACACGCCUUACACUAGAAUGGCAUUCAGCAGAGUGCAUACCUCCGCCAAGGCCAAACAAUCCUACUCACGUCUGGCAGAGCCAGAUUAUUAUCGGUCUAUCCAGAUUAUUAUAUGGAUCUGGAGAUUAUUAUCUGGAUCUGCACCAAAUUGUAAAAACUCAUAGAUCUCAACACCAUAAAUAUGUUCUUUUUUCACACCAAGAUCCAAACAUUAUUUCCUGAAAAAUUGACGAAAAUGUUGAAAAAUGCCCGCAAUUUUAAGGAAACUGAAUCCAAAUUUAAUGGGUUUCGGCCAAUCACCCAUCCCUUCACCAAAUUAGCUGUAAAUCGGUUCAGUACUUUUAGUAUAAUCCUGCUGACAUACAAACAAACACAGAUGAAAACACAAGCUCCUUGGUGGAUGUAAAAACCUUGUCAGUACUGGUAAAAGUAUUGAAUCCAGGAAUUCUCUUACGAGUUAUGGUAUUCUUCUUUGGACCAUUAUGUUGCCUUGUGCACACAUGAAUGUCAUUAGUCAAAUGUUCUGUAACUGGUGGGGUCAUCAGGGUCUCUGUUGUGUGUCCUAUGAAGCUUAGACAGCCGUUCACACAUGAUAUUUCACUGUGCUGCAGUGGACCUCCACACUCUUAUGUGUCUUAAUGCCAAAGCCUGUAACUUAAAUCAUACCUGCCUUAUUUGUGAAUAUUGAAUGUAUACUUCUUCAGAUCGCUAUUUUUAUCAUACACACUAAUUUCUCAUUCCAAAGUGCACACACUACAUUAUACGUACUUUAUUUUUAUUUCUGUGUGUAACUUAUUCCAGGUGACAUGGUUCCCUCACAGGUCUGGACAAUUAAGGGAAACAAGCUGAUGUUCGGCUCUUUCUACAUAUUUGGUGAUGGUAUUAUAUUGUCAUUUCUGCUAAUGUAACGUGAUGCAUCAUAUUAAAGACGGACUAAAAUCUUUAAACCCAGUCUAGAAACGGUAGUCCAUGAAAAAGUAUUUUACAAAAAGAAGCUGUGUCAGGGAACAUCAACAUUUUCAUGGUAUAAAGCCAACACACGGAGACUUUCUUCACUACCUUUUACACAUAGAUAAACACUUUAUGAUUCCUAUCUCUAUGUUACAUAACUUUAUAUACUUUGGCCUAUAUUAGACUCCACACAUGUGCCAGUUUGACAAUGAUUCUGUUACUCUAAUGAUGAAUGUAAGUGCAACAAUAAAGUAGACGGGAAUACUCAUUUAAUUUCUGUUUCAUACCACU